CUUGAAAAUUUCAGAAGCUACUUUGGCUCUUGAAAAUCCUGAUUUAUAUGAUGGUGAUAUGGCUGGUAUCGAUGGACCUUUGGACAUUGAACGAAACGUUAUCGCUUCAAAAAGGUGGAGAUGGCCAAAUGCGACAAUUCCUUAUGUCAUUCACUCUUCUAUAAGAAGCAGUAGAGUAGCCUUAAUCAAGAAAGCUAUGGAUAAUUUCCAUAAUAACACCUGCAUUCAAUUUGUUCCAAGAACAGACGAAAGGAACUAUGUCUCAAUCUUUAUAGGGACAGGGUGCUAUUCUCAUGUGGGUAAAAUUAACGGUCCGCAGAAAUUAUCUCUUGCUAAUGGUUGUUACCAAUUUGGUACAAUAGUCCAUGAGUUGGGACACACAAUUGGCUUCUUCCACGAGCAGAACAGAUCAGACAGAGAUGAGUACUUGAUCAUUUAUCUGGAAAAUGUUAAACAAAGUGUUAAGUAUGCCUUCCGAAAACUUAAUCCAGAAAGUAAUAUUUUGUACAAUUCAUUUGAUUACGAUUCCAUCAUGAUUUACGGUAACAAAGCCUUCUCCAAGAAUGGAAAAGACACGAUGGUGGCCAAAAAUGGACAGAAAUUAGUUCACCCAGCCAAAAAGCCAGGACUGUCCAAAAAUGAUAUUGAAAGAGCAAACAAAAUGUACAAAUGUAAUUCUUAUUAAUAAAUAAUAAGAACAUAA